AUGGCUCUGUACACGCUGGUAGGCACGCUUGUGGCGCUGGCGGUGGUCUAUCUUUUGAAGCAGCUCCUGCUGUCGAAACCACCUACCGCGCCUCUCCCCCCAGGACCCAAGCCGAAACCCAUCGUAGGAAAUCUGGGCGACUUGCCUCCGCCAGGCCAGCAGGAAUGGAAACAUUGGCUGCAGUUCAAGAAGCUUUAUGGCCCCAUCAGCUCUAUCACUAUUUUUGGCCAGACAAUUGUCAUCAUCAAUGAUGCGCAAGUAGCCUUUGAUCUCAUGGAGAAGCGCUCCUCGAUCUACUCCUCGCGACCGCGGAUGGUCUUUGCGGGCGAAAUGGUGGGCUGGAACGACGCCCUAGCCAUGCAAACGUACUCGGACAAGUUCCGAGCCUACCGCAAGGUGAUGCAUCGAGUUCUCGGCUCCAAGGCUGUCACGGCGCGCUUCAACCCGCUGCAACAUGUCGAGAUCCGUCGCUUCUUGCUGCGCGUCCUGGACAAGCCCAACGACCUGCUUCAGCAUAUCCGAACAGAGGCAGGGGCAGUCAUCCUGAAAAUCGCCUAUGGCUACACCAUUGAGCCUCAUGGCCGUGAUCCUCUGAUCGACCUGGCCAACGAGUCGAUGGAUAAGUUCUCCGUCGCAGGGACACCUGGCCGAUGGAUGGUCGAUACUAUCCCGUUUUUGAAAUACCUGCCUACCUGGCUCCCCGGGACGGAUUUCAUCCGGACAGGUAAUGCAUGGCGGAAGACCCUGCUCACCACCAUCGAGAAACCGUAUCAGCUGGUGCUGCAGCAGAUGAAGCAGGGCUCGUGUCCGCCGUCGUACACAGCCAGUCUUCUCGAAGAGGCAAACGGCAACGCCACCCCCGAAGAAGAUCUCGUCAUCAAAUGGACCGCAGGGUCGUUGUACACCGGCGGCGCAGAUACAACGGUAUCUGCGCUCUCCUGCUUCUUCCUAGCGAUGACCCUGUACCCCGACGUCCAGCGCAAAGCGCAGGAAGAGCUCGACCGCGUCCUGGGGCCCAACCGCCUCCCGACGUUCGAAGACCGCGACAACCUCCCCUACAUCGAAGCGCUCGUCAAAGAAACCCUGCGAUGGCACCCCGUCGCCCCGACGGGCAUCCCGCACCUGUGCACCGAGGACGACCUCUACAACGGCUAUCUGAUUCCAAAGGGGGCCCUCAUUCUCCCGAACAUCUGGGCAUUCACCCAUGAUCCCAAUGUCUACCGUGACCCCGCGAGCUUCAAGCCCGAGCGGUUCCUCGACACCGACGGGACCGCCCCCGAGCUCGACCCGCAUAUGCUUGCGUUCGGAUUCGGUCGACGCAUCUGCCCCGGGCGCUUCCUCGCAGACUCGACGAUUUUCAUGAGCAUCGCGCAGUCGCUGACGGUCUUUCGCUUUGAGAAGGAUCCCGCCGUCACUGCGCAGCCGGAGUUCCUCCCCGGGGUGGUCAGCCAUCCCACUCCAUACCAGCUGAAGAUCACGCCGCGCAGCGCCCAGCAUGAGGCGCUGAUCCGGUCGGUCGAAGUGGAGCAUCCGUGGGAGGAAAGCCAUGCGAAGGAGAUUGAGAAGAUUGAGUGUGUGGUUUGA